GUAACGACUUCUUCUUCUUCUUCUAUUUCUAUUUCUUCUUCUUGGUUUUGUUUAUCAAACUCCAACCUAAGAAGUUUCAUCAAGUAAAAAAAAUGGGUGAUGCUUUUAACGACGACGAGUGCGAUUAUCUCUUCAAAGCUGUUCUUAUAGGUGAUUCAGGCGUUGGAAAAUCGAACCUUCUCUCAAGAUUUUCUCGUAAUGAAUUUCGUCUCGAUUCUAAACCAACCAUCGGUGUUGAAUUUGCUUAUAGAAAUAUAAGAGUUGGGGAUAAGCUCAUCAAAGCUCAAAUAUGGGAUACUGCUGGACAAGAACGAUUCCGGGCAAUCACAAGCUCUUACUAUAGAGGAGCACUUGGUGCCAUGUUAGUUUACGACUUAACACGUAGAGCUACGUUUGAUAACCUGCGAAAAUGGCUGGAUGAGCUACGACGAUUCGCUAACACGGAUAUGGUGAUUGUACUUGUGGGUAACAAAUCCGAUUUGGUUGAUAAAAGAGAAGUUGAAGAAGAAGAAGGAAGAAAUCUUGCAGAAAAGGAAGGACUUUGUUUCAUGGAAACAUCUGCUCUAGAGAAUGUGAAUGUCGAAGAAGCUUACCUUCAAAUGGUUACUAAGAUUUUUGAAAUCACUAGUCAUAAAAGUGUCCACGAGAAAAUCGAUACUGACCGUGAAUUAACCAAAAUCGGUGCUGGAAAGGCUAUUGUGAAUAUGGAUGAAGUGUCAGCUACCAUUAAGCAAAGUAGGUGCUGUUAAUUUUGUGUUCUGAUUGCUGUAUAUAAUUUUUUUGUCACUGUUUUUGCAUUUUACUAAAGAUUUGUUAUAAGUGAAGAUUUUGAUUAUUACUGGUGAGUUAAGGGCAACGGCUUAAUUUUACU